UAUAUCUAAUCCUCAACUUCCAUCAUCAAUGAAAAAGCCUAUGUCCUUCAAUGGAUUAUCUCAAAUCCAACAAUCACAACCUGCCACCAACUCAUUAACCUUAGAAUCCCUUGAAUCCUCGGUGCAUAAUCUCAUGAAAAGCUGGUACAGAAGGCAAAGAUGGGAGCUCAUCUUCUUUAACUCCACACAGCAAGACCAGGACCUGAAUAGAGCACCAUGGAGAACCCAGUUGGCCAAAUUUCUAGAAUCCACCUCAGUUCGUAUUAUUGCCAUUCUACUGCUUCUUCUGGACCUUAUCUUCACUAUCCUUGAACUUUCUUCCUCUCUACUUUCAUGUCCUCCAAACACGAACAAGCAGAUACAGAAAGUUUGGUACCAUUGGGUAGGGAUUGCCAUCUUGAGCAUGCUUUCAGCGAGGAUAGUUGCUUUAGCCGUGGGAUUAGGCAGAUCAUUCUUUAGGCGACCGGGUUAUGUAGUUGACAGUGUAGUUCUUAUGGUGGCAUUGGUUUUGGAAGCUUUCUUGGAGGGAAGGGGAGGCGGGUUGCUUGUUGUAGUGAGUCUGUGGCGUGUUGUCAGGGUUGUAGAGAGUGCCUUCGAGCUAAGCGACGAGGCCAUUGAAGCACAGAUUAAAGUGAUAGUAUCCCAGUUUGAAGCGGUGCGAGAAGAGAAUAGGAGACUCUCGGAGACCAUUGCUGAGAAGGAUAAGAUGAUAGAGAAGCUCAGGGAAGAAGUGGAUCAAUGUACAUACGUAGACAUGCUUGAGAUGGUUCCAGCUGCCUCCUUAACUUAUUAGCACUACUUUAGCACAUUCUAGGGUAAGAGUCAGAGAUCAUCUCUAGCCAUACAUAUAUGUUGUGUGCAUGGCUGUAUAUAUGCACUAUAUAUGCACAUGUGUA